AUGGCUGCACUGAGUUGUCUUUUGGACAGUGUUAGAAGGGACAUAAAGAAGGUGGACAGAGAACUGAGGCAAUUGAGAUGCAUCGACGAGCUCAGAUGCCUGUGCGACUUAUAUAUGCACCCGUACUGCUGUUGUGACUUGCACCCCUACCCGUACUGCCUGUGCUAUUCGAAGCGUUCACGAUCCUGCGGCCUGUGCGAUCUCUACUACCCUUGUUGCCUGUGUGACUUCAAGCUUUACUGUCUCCGACCAUCCCUCAGAAGUUUGGAGAGGAAAGCCAUUAGAGCCAUAGAAGAUGAAAAGAGAGAGCUUGCCAAACUGAGAAGAACAACCAACAGGAUUCUGGCCUCCUCUUGCUGUAGCAGUAACAUUUUAGGAUCGGUGAACGUGUGCGGCUUUGAACCCGAUCAAGUGAAGGUCCGCGUGAAGGAUGGAAAGGUGUGUGUGUCGGCUGAGCGGGAGAACAGGUAUGACUGUCUGGGCUCGAAGAAGUACAGCUACAUGAACAUCUGCAAGGAGUUCAGCCUGCCCCCGUGCGUGGACGAGAAGGACGUGACCUACUCCUACGGGCUGGGCAGCUGCGUCAAGAUCGAGUCUCCGUGCUACCCCUGCACGUCUCCCUGCAGCCCCUGCAACCCCUGCAACCCCUGUAACCCCUGCAGCCCCUGUAACCCCUGUAACCCCUGCAACCCCUGUAACCCCUGCAGCCCCUGCAGCCCCUGCGACCCUUGCAACCCCUGCUACCCCUGCGGCAGCCGAUUCUCCUGUAGGAAGAUGAUUUUGUAA